AUGGAUGUGGAUGAUGAAAUUCGGUUACAAAAUGUGUUUUGGGCAGAUGCAAGAUGUAGGGUUGCAUAUGAAUAUUUUGGUGAAGUCAUAACUUUCGACACCACUUACUUAACAAAUAAAUAUGACAUGCCUUUUGCUCCUUUUGUUGGAGUAAAUCAUCACGGUCAGUCUAUGUUGUUGGGUUGUGCUCUGUUGUCAAACGAGGAUACUGAAACUUUUCCUUGGUUAUUUAAGAUAUGGUUGGAAUGUAUGCAUGGAAGUUCUCCAAAUGACAUAAUCACUGAUCAAGACAGAGCAAUGAAGAAUGCAAUUGAGAUUGUCUUUCCGAAAGCUCGUCAUCGGUGGUGCUUAUGGCAUUUAAUGAAAAAGAUUCUAGAAAAGUUUGGUAGCCACUCUGACUACGAGUCUAUCAAAACACUUUUGCAUGAUAUUGUAUAUGAUUCUUUUACCAAAAGUGAUUUUAUGACGAGGUGGCAAAAUAUGAUUGAGUGUUACAAACUACAGGAUAACGAAUGGUUGAAAGGUCACUUUGGUUUUGAGUUCCAAUUCCAAAAAGCAUUUACCAAUGCAAAGUUUCAGGAAUUCCAAUUGGAAAUAGCUUCUAUGAUGUACUGUCAUGCAUGUUUCAACAGAUUGGAGGGUUUGGAUUCAAUAUUUUCUGUUACAGAAAGUAAGAAAGUAUAUGACACGAUGAAAGAUAUUGUGUUGAUGGUGUUCUUCAAUGAAAAAGACUUUGUGUUAAAAUGCACCUGCUGCUUGUUUGAAUUUAAAGGCAUUUUAUGUAGGCACAUCCUUUGCGUGCUUAAGCUCAUAGGGAAAACAGAUUUUGUGCCAUCUAAUUAUAUUUUGGCACGGUGGAGGAAGGAUAUAAAGCGGAGGUAUACACUUAUUAAAUGCGGUUUUGAUAAUUUGGCUGGAAAAACUGAAUUGCAACGUGUGGGUAAAGCUUGUGAUGCCUUUUAUGAGUUUGCUUCAACGAGGAUAAAUAGUGAAGAUGAUUUAGUGAAAGUGAUGAACUUGAUUCAAAACAUGAAAAUUGAGUUACCAUGUAAUGAAACAUCUCCUAGAAUUGUAGAAGAAGAUUGUUCAGCUCAAAAUCAAGCUAUCAUUCUUGAUCCUAAACUAGCUCGAAGUAAAGGGCGUCCUCCUUCAAAAAGGAAGACUUCUAUAGUUGAUCAGAUUGUGAAGAAGAAGCUUGCACAAAAGAAAACUAAAAAAAGCAACCAAAGUAGUAAAAAUAUUCAAGUUCAAGAAGAGGUGAGUAUGAAAUUUAUAGCAAUUUGUUGA